UCCAAGAAUCAAGAUUUUCUCACUCCUCCUCCUCUCUCUCUCUCUCUCUCUCUCUCCAAGAAUCAAGAUUUUCUCACUCCUCUCUCUCUCUCUCUCUCUCUCUCUCUUUCUCUCUCUCAUUUCUGCAGAAAAGAAAAACUCCGAUAUUUUUUUCUCUUUUUUUUUUUUUGAAACCCCAAACCUAAAAGCUUGAAAAAAUCUGCUUCAAUGGCAAUCGCGUAUCCGACAUCUCCGACUUUCUCAGCUUCAUUCUACUGCAUUCGAAGAGAAUCACCGGUCGGCUUAGCUCAAUUCCCCUCCAUUGCGCUAUCUCACACCCGCCGAACUGUAGCCCGAAUUCAUCCCCUAGCUCAUCGACUCGCCGUCUCAUCUCGUCUCAACUCGACUACGCCAUCCGGAGCCGGAGGCUCGGUCUCGCCGGACAACGGUGACCUGCAGUACGAGCUAUUCCAUGGAUUCUCCCCACAGCGCCGGACGGGAUCGCCGGUUUACGUCAUGCUUCCCGUGGAUGCUGUGGGACCGGACGGUCUGGUUCGUAGGCGCAAAGCUAUGUUGCAGUCGUUUCGGGCGCUCGCGCUUGCUGGAGUUGAAGGUGUGGUUAUGGAGGUCUGGUGGGGACUGGUUGAGAGGAAGCGGCCUAUGGUUUACGAAUGGAAAGGCUAUUCGGAGAUCGUCGAGCUAGCAAGAAAGUGCGGGCUCAAAGUUCGAGCUGUUAUGGCGUUUCAUCAAUGUGGCACUAGCCCUGAUGAGCCUCAUUGGAUUCCUCUUCCUCUAUGGGUACUUGAAGAGAUUGAUAAAGAUCCAGAUAUAGCAUAUUGUGAUAGAUUUGGUAGAAGAAAUAUGGAAUACAUUUCUCUUGGAUGUGAUACUCUCCCUGUUUUACGUGGUCGGUCACCAAUCCAAGCAUAUUCAGAUUUUAUGAGGAACUUCAGAGAUACUUUUAGACCUUCUCUUGGUGUAAUCAUAACAGGAAUUCAGGUUGGAAUGGGUCCUGAUGGUGAAUUGAGAUAUCCUUCAUGCCCUUCCCGAAUGAUGACAUGGGCUUGGCGCUUUCGAGAACUUGGAGAGUUUCAGUGCUAUGAUAAGUACAUGCUUGCGUCUCUCAAUGCUUGUGCUAGAAAGGUCGGAAUGCGUGAAUGGGGAGAUGGGGGCCCCCUUGGAACAGGCAGUUUGAUGCACAAUCCUGAAUUUACAGAGUUUUUCAAUAGUUACACUGGUUCUUGGAGGACACCGUAUGGUGAAUUUUUUCUUGAAUGGUACUCAAGAAUGCUGCUUAUGCAUGGCGAGAGGAUAUGUAGGGAAGCAGAGACCAUUUUUCGGGGUACAAAAGUUAAUACAUCUGCAAAAGUGGCUGCUAUCCACUGGCACUAUAAAAAGCAGUCACAUCCAUCAGAGUUAACGGCUGGAUACUAUAAUACUGGUUCAAGAGAUGGAUACCUGCCAAUAGCUCGCAUGUUUGCUAGGUAUGGAUUUACUUUAUGCUGCUCAUGUUUUGAAAUGAAAGAUGUCGAAGAGAAACCAGUGCACCCAUUCAGUAGCCCGGAAGGCUUUCUUAUGCAGCUUCUAUGGGCUGCUAGGAGGUGUGACGUUCCCCUGCAAGGAGAAAAUUCCGGGGCCAAUUUGGAUGAUUCGUCAUUCGAACAGAUUGUAAAGAUGGCAAAGUUUUACUCGGGUGGUAUUGAAAAGCCCUCCUUCUCUUUCAACUUUGUUAGGAUGCAGAAAAACAUGUUUGAAUAUAAUAACUGGCAUCGUUUUACAAAUUUUGUGAGGCAAAUGUCUAGUGGUGAUAUUUUUCGAGCCAAACUAGAAUCUGGAGGUGAUAUUAAUCAUUGUCCAUCUUUCAUCUUAUCAGAUGCUGCGAAAGUUGGAAUUGCUUUUACAUAUUGUUAGGGAAAAAAAUAAAAAAAACUACGUUUAACUGACACAAUCAAGGCAAAAUGUAAUAUUUUUUUUUUUUUUUUUUCACAAUACCACCAUUUGUUGUGCAUACUUACACAAGAAUUGAUUACCUCUGAGCUAUGUAAUGAGAUUGUGGAGUAAUGACUCAUUUUCUUCUUGCUAAUGAUUUACUCCGCACAUAUUGGCUCC